AUGGACGAAGAAUUACAAGUAAAUUUAUUAUGGAUAAAUCAAGAUUAAAGAAUAAUUGACAUAAAUUCCAUUUCAUACGUUGUUGGGUUUUGAAAAACAAAUGAAAACUUAAUAAUAAUCUAAAAAUUAAAUAAAAGAUUAAUAAUUGCCAAAGAAAAUCAAAGGAGGGUAUUGAAAUUUUAAUUAUUAAAAUUAAGCCCUGAAGUUAGAGAUGCAAGAAAACCUAUUCCAAAGAUUUAAAUUAAAUCUGAGAAAAAAUAAGAAAUAAGAGAUCCAAGAUUCGAUCAGAUAUCAGGUGAGUUAAGUUUGAGUAAAUUUUAUAAAUCUUAUGAUUUUAUUGGGAAAAUGAAAUCAAAUGAAAUUUAAGUCAUGAGAAAGCAAUCUGAAAAGCUUGAUCAAGAAUCCAAAUAAAAAAUAAAAUAAAUCAUUGGAAAGUAGAAGGAUGAGAUAAUUAAAUAGGAACAGUUUUUAAAAAAAUAGAAAACAGUAUCUAAAUUAAAAAAAAAGAACUUUCAUCCAAAAUAAAGUAAGAAGUUUAUUUAUUUUGUUAGGUUUAAUCAAAUAGGAAUUGUUGAAAUAAAAGUUUGAAUAACUUGAAGCAUCCGGAAAAUUGGAUGCAUAUAUGAAAUAAAAAAAGAAAUCUAUAUCAAAAAAGCUUGAAUUUGCAUCUAAAAAAAUAAAAAAAUGA